CCCUCCUCCCCUCUCGUCUUUCAGACAGUCUGUUUUUGCUGCAGUGAACGGUAGCCGUGGAGAGAGCGAGCGAGAGAUACAGAUACAAACACACAGAGGAAGAGAGAGAGAGAGAAGGCUGGGAAAGAAAAAAAAGCAAGAAAAACAAGCAGAAAAGGAGAUACAAGAAGGGGGGAAAGUCGAUAAAAGCAGACUGAGAGAAGGAUCGCGACGAGCUGCGCAUCAAAAGGAGGGACCUUACUGGGGGACCUUUUUGGAGACCAACAAAACCUCGACUCCGGAGGCGGAAUAUAACGGUGACACUCCAGAGCUCCUCUGCCCUCCUGAGGAUUCAGUGAGACAGGCGGAUCUGUGUGCCCGACCAUGGCCUUCCCAUCAGCCCCCUCUGCAUUAUGGAGUGUCAGCUUAUUGACAGUACUAUUCGCAGCUGCGGUUCACAGCAACGUUGUCUACGACGACGACCCCUUGCAGCCGAUGACCUCAGAUGAGACGGUGUCUGUUGGGGGGACGGUGACGCUGACCUGUCGGGUGGCCGAGAGCGACAACUCCUCACUGCAGUGGUCCAACACCGCACAGCAAACCCUGUACUUUGGAGAGAAGAGAGCGCUGAGAGAUAACCGCAUCCAGCUGUACCGCUCGACACCGACCGAGCUCUCCAUCACCAUCGCCGACGUGCAGCUGGCCGACGAGGGCGAGUACACCUGCUCCAUCUUCACCAUGCCGGUCCGCACCGCCCGAGCCACCGUCACCGUGCUAGGUGUGCCCGGUAAACCUCAGAUCUCGGGCUUUGAGAAACCAGUGCCAGAGGGGGACAAAGUCACCCUGACCUGCACCAGCACCGGCAGCAAACCCCCCGCCAGGCUGCGCUGGUACAGAGGAGACGAGGAACUGGAAGGGCGUCCGGACGUGGUGGAGCCCGUAACGGAUGGCCCCACAUACAACGUGAGCAGCGAACUCACCCUGACAGUGAGCAGCAGCGACGACAACGCCUUCAUCACCUGCGCCGUCGACCACCCCUCGCUCGCCCCGGGGGACAAGAGGAGCGAGCAGGCCCUGCGAGUGCUGUUUUCCCCAAAAGUGCAGAUCCAGCCGGAGAGCGAUUUGCCGAGAGAGGGGGAGAAGUUUUCUCUUCGGUGUUUGGGCGACGCCAACCCCGAGCCAACUUCCUACAGAUGGGAGAAGAAGGAUGGAGAGCUCCCCUCGCUGGCCAAAGCCGAAGGUGCCGUCCUGCAUUUCUCAAUGCUCAACAAAUCAGAUAAUGGCGUCUACCUCUGCAACGCCGGCAACGGCAUUGGAAACGGCCAGGGGGAGUACGUACUCCUGGUGCAAGACCCCACUGCCAUGUCGACCUCUUCAGGGGUGGACCACGCCGUGAUCGGAGGGGUGGUAGCCGUUAUCGUCUUCAUCCUGCUUUGCCUCCUCAUCGUCCUCGGCAGAUACCUCAUCAGACACAAAGGAACGUAUCUGACCCACGAGGCCAAGGGCUCGGACGACGCCCCCGACGCCGACACGGCCAUCAUCAACGCCGAGGGAGGCCACUCCGGAGCAGAGGACAAGAAGGAGUACUUCAUCUAGACAGAGGACAGAGUGGUGGAGGAAAGGAGCGGGAGGAGGAGGAAAAGUUGGAGGAUGUGGAAGUAGAGGAGAAGGGGGGAGGGAAAGAGUGAAGGAAAAAACCUCCAUUUGUUUUCACGACACUUCAGUUCUUCACUCUGUUGGAGGGAUGAUGGGAGGGGACGGGAGGGAAAGAACUGCGGGGCAGAAGAAAGCGACGGGUCGAGCUUCAACUGUUACUACCCUCUUUGCAUUGAUACAGGGAAGUAAGAUUCUUUUGCACUGACAUACGGAUGAACUGAAGUCAACCACACUCAAACACAAACAUACAUACAUGAGUCGGUUCUUGGGGGGUGGGGUGGGGGGGAUCUCUUCACUCACACAGACUUGGAUUAACAAACCUCCUCCUGGUAACGCAUCCUUAACUAGCAUCCUGUUUCUAAACUGUCAGCGCCGCGAAAAAGCAAAAUUGUAAGUCACAUUCCUCGAGCUGAUAUUUCACUUCCCUCCUCGACAUUCAAACCAGGUUUUCACCUUUUUUUCGUCCUCCUCCGUCUAACCAGGCAGAUUCCCCUCUGUAAACAGUCCUUGUGGCAGAGAGAGGAAAAAUAUUACAGAAAUAAAUCAUUUUUAUGCCAUCGAACCUCUUCCCAUUGUCCUCACAAAACCCCGGUACGAGCCGUCAACAUUUCCGCAGCGCACCGCCACAAAAAACACUCAUGGAAAAAUAGCAUUCCCACCUUUGUGCUACCAAGCCGAGGGGCUCCAGUAUACAUAUAUAAAUAUAUAUAUAUAUAAAAUUAUAUAGCAUUCUUUUUACUUGACAGAAAAUGUUUGGUGUGCUGUAAAUACACUCUCUCUGUCCUGUUUCUACCCUCUGUCUCUCCUUCUCUCUACAGCUCCCUCUCUCCUGUAUCUCAUACAGUCUGUUACUGCAUUACAGUAACUUAUAUACUCAAAAAAAGCCUGCCUGUUUUUAUUACAUGCGUGGAAAUGCAGAGUCAAAAAUAUCAAUAUCUCGGGAAAAAAAUAUGAAAAUAACAACACAGAUGUUGCGAUGAAAACUAACCUUAAACUGCAAAUAUUUGUAUGAAGAAUGUUUCCUUCUUAUUUUGUUUUGGACCUUUUAUUCCUUUUUAUUUUGGUUUGUUUUUAUGAGAGGUUUUCUCUCGUCGUCGUCUCGGUGUGUUGCCGUCAGUGUUAACAGUUUACAGUGUCUGUCAGUCCAUGAAUCUAAUUUCCCAACUUUUGAUUUUGAGGUUUUUCGGGUUUUGGUGCUGUUCACUUUAUUGACUUUUCUGUUUUUUCUGUGUACUCAGUGCCGCCAUUUUGUCCCCCCUUGCUUUUGUCGGCCCCAAACACUAAUCUGUAGCAAGACCUUGGUUGAACUCGGCUUCAAAAAGGUGUCCGAGUGUUUGGUGGAGUUUGUCUGGAGACGUGGUGUUCCUUCCACUUGGCCCCUGCUGAACCUGCCGCUCACCUUUGCCGUUUUUCUCCCUGCAGCAGACUCGCUUGUCUUGGCGAGGCCGCCCGGCACUAAAUCCAUUCAGCGGUGACAUCAUGACUUCCUCUAAGGAGCUGGCACUUUGCUGCUUCUGGAGGUGAAAAUGCUCGCUUGGCUUUCCACUACACGGCCGAACAGGAUUGCAUACAUGCAUUAUGACAAACUUCCUGGCAAAAAAAAGGAAAAAAAUUCUUUUCGUUUCUUUCUCUGCGUGUGUGUCGUCGUUGCAGACAGGCAUCCUUCACCAGCUUAGCAAAAGGUUCCCAUAAAUGAACAAUGUUUUAUUAAGGUUGGGAGUUCGCCUUGGCACCGGUGAGCUCCACUUGGCCCAGUCAUGGAAAUUGAUUGCAAUCUAACUAAGAGGCUCUGGGCUCCAGACUGUACACAUGCCAAGGUUUGGUUUGGCGGGCAAUGUGCCGAGCUGGAGUCUGGGCUGCGCUAUAACACUGAAGAAAAGUCAUUUAGGAAACUCAAAUGUCCUCUUCUCAUUUCCCUCCCUCCUCUCUACUCGUCCAUUUCUUUUCAGUCUUUAAUCAAUCAUCCCGUCUGCGUCCUGAUCCACCUUCACCCCCGUCCCCCCUCUUUCCUCAUCAUUUCUCCCCCCUCCAGCUCCAUCUCUGAUCGAUUUCUCCUUGCCGGUCAACUCUCCGUCUCUUCAUCCAGAAAGUCCACGUAGACGAACCGUAGAUGUAGCGUCUCUAGACGGCUCUUCGCUUCUGGAGAGGAAUCCAUUUGCUGCCCGUAGACAGUUACGUCUGUGAUAGUUUUUGUACACCUUUUUUUUUUUUCCGGGAAUGUUCAGGGACUGUACUUUUCCCCCCUCUACGUUGUUGCUACUUAGCUGGCGAGUCGCUCGGCUAGUACGCUAAAUAAGCUAGCUAUACUUUAUAGGGUAACCUGAAGCAGGGUCAGCUUUUGUGAUGUUUUUUUAUUUUUUCCAUUACCAUCUGUAGUGUAAACUUGGCUUAAACGGUGCUUGAACUCCCAAUUCAAGGUGAAAUCAAACCACUGUUUAACUCGUGUUUUUCACUGUUUGCAGAUCAGAGAAUCGUCUUCGUCUCGCGGAGUCAAGUGUCCACUGUUGGACAGAUGUUACCACUGAUUUGUAUUUAACCCCCAAGUCUAAUCCUGCUCUGUGAAUGGAGAAAAAGGAAAAACCUGCCUCAUACUCGACAAACUGUAGUGUCUUUUUACAAACUAAUGGACCUGUACUUGCCUGUAACUUAUCGUCCUGUCCUUUUCGUCUUAGUUAAUGUGCUAGCAUGUAGCUUGCAUGAGAAAUGGUUGGGAAACUGUAGAUAGUGCUGGAGAUGAGAUGUGCCGACGAACUUCUCUCCAGAGACGAGCUGCCCAGCAGACCUCGCUGCCGUUCUCUGAUCUGCAAACGCUGUCCCAGUUAUAUCCAUCUGUAGCUCCUCGACACGGCAGAAAAACACCCCUCAACUAGGACUCAUUCUGCUUUUUCUGCUACAUUAAAAACCGCAUUGGGGGGUGCAGCAGCGUUGAUUCAUGAAGUCAGCUUAAUUAUAUUUCAUUGCAUUCGUGCAGUAAGAACUAGCUGUCACCAGAUGCCAGCAUACAACAGCUUUUCUUCUCCCUCUUCAGUCAGUUCAAGCUGUCCUGCUCCACCAACUCCUCUUCAGGCAGUCGCACACUAUCUGCCGCUCAUCUCCUUUUUUUCUUCUUUCUUUCCGUAGGAUAAACAAAUCGAUUUUUAAAUUAUGUUUUGUAAAAGGUGUGCAUAAUCUUAAAUUUUGAAUUCAAUUGAUUUUUUUCUCUUUUAAAUUAGAUUCUCCAAAACUUGAAGGUUAGAAAUUUAGUUUAUUUGUUGCAUAUUUUAUUGUUUCAACAACCAUUUUUAUAUAAUUUCAUGUAUAUAGUGUUGCCUUUACAGGAUACAAGUGCACCCAUACAUACUUUACACACACACACACGUGUACACACACACACACACACACACUUUAGGGUACAUAUACAUCCACACACAUAUUUGGAUAUGCACAGCAGGCAUGAUGUCUGUUCCUAUGGUGUAUUUGUACUUAUGUGUGUGUAUGUGUGUUUGUGUAUGAGUGUGAGGUGUGUAUUAAUUGACCCAAACAGACUCCGGAGACACUCUCAAUGUGUGUUGCAUUCACAAAAAAAACAAACAAAAACGUUCUUAUUUCAGUGACUAAAAACGAUGUCUUUGUUUUCAGCGUCAUUAUUUUGGAUGACAAGUCUUCCUUUUGAAAUAAAUAUCCAUAUCACACGGGAAUAGUGCUGUCAUGUAUGUUAAUUUGUACUAUGGCUGAUGAUGUCAUCAAGGCGAGACCCAACCGCAUGCUGUGGAGGGUUUUGCGUCUGUUGGCUGUUUUGUUCAUGAAGUAUCUGUUUCUUUUGGAUUUGUUUGUUUUUGGGGUUUUUUUUGGGAGGUUUUUUUUUUUUUGGGUUAAAAAACCAGUUCAGUUGUUGACUUCAAUAAACAUGCAUUUGGGUUAAUUUCA